AUAUGGCAGAAAUUGAAGCGAAAAGUAGUUUUUGAAUGAAAAAACAAACGAAAAAAUUAAAACCAAACGACAAUUAAUCGCAAAAACAAUUGGCAAUCAAAACACGUAAUCGUAAGCGACUUAUGAAUGCAAUCGUAAUCCACACUAAACUACAUAUAAAUCGCUGAAAAACUACAACAAACUGAUGAUAAGAUAUCGUUGCCACUGACCGGCGAGGAAUGCUCUGGUGAUCGGAGUGCCAUCCGUACGGUGUGAACAAUGGGUGACAUUCUUCGAGAGUGCGAGACAGAGAGGGCGCCGUCGCCCGCGAGACUCGAGUAUACGUCCGAAAAACAUCCGCGACUUAUCUUAGAGUCGCUGAACGUCUUGAGACGGCGCCGGGAGUUGUGUGAUGUGGUGCUCAUUGUGGCCAACCGUAAGAUAUUGGCGCACCGGGUGGUGCUGUCUGCCUGCAGUCCCUACUUCUUAGCGAUGUUUACGGGAGAGUUGGCCGAAAGCCGUCAGACGGAAGUGAUGAUACGGGACAUCGACGAGCACGCCAUGGAACUGCUGGUGGACUUUGCGUACUCGUCGCACGUGGUGGUAGAGGAGGCCAACGUACAGGUGCUCCUACCGGCCGCCUGUCUGCUGCAGAUGACCGAAAUCCAAGACGUGUGCUGCGAGUUCCUGAAGAAGCAGUUGGAUCCC